AUGGCAUUUGGAAUGCUCAUCUACAUUUUGCUGAAAGCAAUGGGGGCACUGAGUGAGGAGGCGGCUCUCACUGUUUCAUCCCUCAGCACAGAAAUGUGGAAUAGCUGGACGAAAAACAACACUGAAGCAGACUAUGCAGAGCAACCAAGGCUCCUGAAGCUCAUGCAGGCCUGUCUGGAAGAACACCACAGUUAUUGCAUAAAUGGGCUCUGUGCUUUCCACAGCGAACUGAGGAAACCCAUAUGCAAAUGCCUUGCAGGUUACAAUGGAGAGAGGUGUGAGCAUUUAACACUGAAUUCCUACGCGCAUAAUUCCUAUGAGCGCUACAUUGCUGUGGGGAUUGGCAUAGGAAUACUCACAAGUGGGAUACUUGCAAUCAUCUACUGCUACGUAAGGAAGAGAUGCAGGAAAUUGAAAUCUCCCUACAAAGUCUGCAUGGGAGAGACAGCGCUGUGAAGCCCUGGCAUCAAAAUGCUUACCAGUGUGUCUGUAAACAAGAGGCAGUUCUGUUUCGAGGGCCAUUCCAUGCAGUCUAGCAAUGUCCAAGCCUCGCUGAUGGGAUGAAAUAAAGAGAAUGACAGAGUGAGGGCAUGAUUCUCCAUUCUGCUCCUGCAGAACUG